ACAAUGCACCAAAGCAAAAUGCAAGUACUUGACAUUUCCUCCACCCCAGGUCUGAAGGUUUCGGUUCGGAGGUAUGCAAAGUGGUUACGGGUGAUACCUGUUUAGGCUGAGUCAGUAAAAUUAUAUAUAAUGUUAUUCUAACGCUAAUUGGUCGUACUAGUGCAAUUUGGUCACACACAAGCUUGUUUGAGUUCGUCAACUAGUCCUAAGGCAGCGUCCCGACCCAGAAUGCAUUUUGACAAGCUCUUUGAAAAAGCGGCGCGGCUGAUUCAAGAUGGCGGAGAUGGACCAGCUGUUAGACGAGAGCUCCUCGGCAGAGGCACUUGUCAGUCUCAAAGAGGGUAGUUUGUCCAACACUCUGAAUGAAAAGAACAUCUUCCCAAGAGCUCACAACACCAGGGGACGUCAGUCCUCCCUCACCAUGGACAUGUCCACCCGAGGCUCGAAGAGGAGUCGGUAUGAGGAUGAUCAGCCACAGCAGCGUCUUCCUUCUAGAUCCCCUAGAAGGAGCCAGAGGGUCAACACCACACCACAGAAAUUUACAAAUGUGGUGACUCCAGAUAAAAAGUCAUCUCAGAGAAUAGGGCUGAGAUUAAGGAACCUUCUAAAGCUCCCCAAAGCUCACAAAUGGUGCAUCUAUGAAUGGUUCUACUCCAACAUUGACAGGCCUCUCUUUGAGGGAGACAAUGAAUUCUGUCUGUGUUUGAAGGAGUCUUUCCCCACCCUAAAAACACGGAAGUUGACUCGAGUGGAGUGGGGAACAAUCCGGAGACUGAUGGGGAAACCCAGACGGUGUUCAUCUGCAUUCUUUGCUGAAGAGCGGACUGCACUAAGACAAAAGAGACAGAAGAUGCGCCUGCUGCAGCAAAGAAAACUGUCUGACGUGUCAACCUGCAAAGACCUACCUGAUGAGAUCCCACUUCCUCUCAUCAUAGGCACCAAAGUCACCGCUCGACUUCGAGGUGUCCACGACGGGUUGUUUACUGGGCAGAUUGAUGCCGUCGACACGAGUGCCGCCACCUAUCGUGUGACCUUUGACCGAAGUGGCCUAGGAACACAUACUGUGCCUGACUAUGAAGUUCUGAGCAAUGAGCCCAAUGAGACGAUGCCCAUUUCAGCCUUUGCCCAGAAGCACCGGACAACACGCUACAUACAGAACCUCAUGACUCCACCCAGAGGCCCCUACCCAUCUGCCACCACACCCGUUCUUAUGGACCACGACCCUCUUAUCAACCAGUCGACGUGGAGCAGCAAGCUGCCAGGUGCAGACGGAGACACCCUCGGUGGAUUUCCUGUCAAGUUCCUUGUCCAAGUGACAAGGUUGUCUAAGAUCUUGAUGAUCAAGAAAGAGCAUAUCAAGCACUUAAAAGAAAUGAACACAGAAGCAGAGAAGCUGAAGUCCUACUCCUUGCCUAUUGACCGCGACUUCCAGAAGCGCUACGCUACCACAGUGCUUGAACUGGAGCAGCUCAAUAAAGAUCUUAAUAAAGUUCUACACGAAGUUCAGCAAUUUUGUUGCGAGCUCUCUCCAGAUCAAGGCAUGCUUCCUGCCGACCACCCGGCUGACCUGCGGCGCCACUGUGAGGACGAGGCCCAGCAGAUGCUGCAGCUGAGCGAUUCCUUCAAGGACAUACAACAGAGCAUGUCCAACUCCAACCUCACGCACCUUGUGUCCCGCCUCACAGCUUUGCUGCUACAGAUCAAGUGUCUGGCAGACGGAGGAGACCUGAAUUCAUUUGAGUUCAAAUCUCUAACAGACUCCCUCAAUGACAUCAAAGCCUCCAUUGAUCCAUCCAACCUCAGUUGCUUCCAGAAUAAUGUGGAGAUCCACGUGGCCCACAUCCAGAGUGGCUUGAGUCAGCUGGGCAAUCUGCACGCGUUUGCAGCCAACAACACCAACGCAGUCUGAGUGUGUGGUCUCUCUGCGGCACAGGUGCAUGCACAAACACUUCCAGAUACCAACUGUCAACACAAGCCCGAGUGCAUGUAUAUGCCAUCCCUUUGGGAUGCUCCAAUCCAAUGGAAAUAGCUCAGUGGGAGGAUGUCCUGAAUAGUUUUACCUUCCAGUUUUAUUCUAUGAACAUGUUUGUGCACCACACUCAACACAAACUUGGACGUCUUAAUGGUUUUGCCACACAAGUCACAUCUCCAACCUCUCCAAUGUAUUUGUCUGUUCCACGUGCCAAACAUUGAGUCUUAUAGGUAUUUAUUUAUUUUGAGAGUUGGUGUGUAAUGCUUAUGGAAGUAUGGUAGGUUCCCUGCUUUUUGGUGUUCCACUGAUGGGAAAGCACAGUGCAGGCUAAAGAAUGUUUUAUAAAGUGUUUAUUGUAGAUACUUGUACAAUAUCUGUCAUUCAUUUGGACUGUUGUCAACAUUUCUGGUGUAUAUUCAGAAAUGGCUUUUGUAAUUUUUGUGUGCACUCACAAAAGAGACGUUGCUAUUUUUAUAAAGGAGAAUUCCGGGGUUUUAAUGCCUUUUAUUCCUCAACAUGAUCUUAGCAUUUCCACGUUUGGCAUGGCUGUUGCUGCGUCCACCACACAUAGCCACUGAUAAAUAUUUCAUAGGGAAUCUCUUUUUUUUCAGUUUUGUAAAGUUAUAUAUGAGCACGCCCCUCGGGCAAUUGUAUAUACGUGUUUGUCUUUUUAUAUUAAACAUAAUAU